UGCAGGGCUGUAAUUGAAGUACAAGAUGGCAACAACCAGCCACAGCAACUAUGUCCUUCAGCAGCUAAACAACCAAAGAGAGUGGGGCUUUCUGUGCGACUGCUGCAUCGCUAUCGAUGAUAUUUAUUUUCAGGCACAUAAAGCAGUUCUUGCUGCAUGCAGCUCCUAUUUUAGGAUGUUUUUUAUGAACCAUCAACACACUACAGCCCAGCUGAAUCUAAGCAACAUGAAGAUUAGCGCUGAAUGCUUUGAUCUUAUUUUACAGUUCAUGUAUUUAGGAAAAAUUAUGACAGCCCCGGCCAAUUUUGAGCAAUUUAAAGUGGCCAUGAACUAUUUACAGCUGUAUAAUGUACCCGAAUGUCUAGAAGAUAUACAGGAUACAGACUCAUCUAGUUUAAAAUGUUCAUCUUCUGCUUCUAGCACCCAGAAUAGCAAAAUGAUAUUUGGCGUGAGAAUGUAUGAAGACGCGCUUGCUAGAAAUGGCAGCGAAGCAAACAGGUGGGGCAUGGAGCCGCCAAGUUCAACAGUAAAUACAUCCCAUAACAAAGAGCCUGAUGAGGAAGCUUUGCAGCUAAGCAGCUUCCCCGAACAACUGUUUGAUGUCUGCAAAAAAAGCACCACGUCCAAAUUCUCUCACACAAAAGAGCGUGUGUCCCACUCGCGCCGUUUUGGAAGAAGCUUCACCUGCGACAGCUGCGGCUUUAGUUUUAGCUGUGAAAAGCUACUGGAUGAGCACGUGUUAACGUGCACCAACAGGCAUUCUUACCAAAGUGCCAGGUACUACAGUGCUGAAAAAAUAGACUUUAACGAAAAGGACUCUACUUCUAAAAUCAUCUCCACACAGACAGAAAAAUACAAGGGGGACUCGAGCCAAGCUGCAGACGAUUCUUUGUCUCCAGUGUCAAACAUCACGAGCAGAAAAAGCAGCACGGUUGCCUCUGAGACAUCAGGGGAAGAAGGAAGUAGAGCCUCUGAGAGGAAGAGGAUUAUCAUCAAGGUGGAACCGGAGGACAAUCCUGCAGAUGAGCUAAAGGAUUUUAAUAUUAUUAAGGUGACAGAUAAAGACUGCAACGAGUCCUCCGACAAUGAUGAGCUAGAUGAUGACCAGGAAGAGCCGCUUUACAGAUACUAUGAUGAGGAAGAGAUCAGAUUGAAGAGAAACGCUCGGAAGACUUUAAAACCCCGUUUAUCCAUGGAUGAAGAUGAAAGAAAGUGUUUGAAAAGUCCACGGCACCUUAACAGGAAGGCUCCUUCAGUGCAGGAAGAUGUGGAGAAUGCUCCCUGUGAACUUUGUGGGCUAACAAUUACCGAGGAAGAUUUGUCCUCUCAUUAUUUAUCCAAACACAUAGAAAAUAUAUGUGCUUGUGGCAAGUGUGGUCAAAUACUGGUCAAAGGCAAGCAGCUACAGGACCAUGCGCAGACCUGUGGAGAACCCCAGGAUCUGACCAUGAACGGUAUCAGAAAUUCUGAGGAGAAAAUGGACUUGGAAGAGAACCCUGAGGAGCAGUCAGAAAUAAGGGACAUGAUGUUUGCAGAGAUGCUAGAGGACUUCAGGGACAGUCAUUUCCAAAUGAACAGCCUUCAAAAAAAACAGUUAUACAAGCAUUCUGCCUGUCCUUUCCGAUGCCCUAAUUGUGGUCAGCGUUUUGAAACUGAAAACCUAGUGGUUGAACAUAUGUCAAGCUGCCUGGAGCAAGAUCUGUUCAAGAACUCCAUGAUGGAAGAGAAUGAGAGGGAUCACAGACUAGUGAAAUAGGGACUUCUAAGCUUCUGAACAACUGAGAGAACCAGGUUUGAAGAAGACAUGAGGAAGAACUGGUCGGCAAAAGAUUUCAUAAAAACUCAGAACCGCGUGUGCCAGAUCUGAAUUGGCACCACCUUUGCUUUUUUGACAUACUGCAGCAGUCGCAAAAGACACCAAAGCAGUCAAAUUAGAACAUGCAGUAAAAGUUGGUUUGGACUCUUCUCUGUAUUAUAAAACUUACUUCUUUGUGACUAUUAUUUACAUCUGUUAAAAACAAAUUUGAAGUCUCUUUUUAUGGAGCAGACAGCCAAAAGAGAGAGAUGCCAGGUGUUAAGGGCUGCACCGAAAUGAGUUUGCAGAGUUUGCUAUUCACGUGCUGGAGUGCUCCUUUUCUGAAAUGAGGCUUCUUAGAGUUUCUGUCAAAAACUGUUUAGAUUUUUUAGUUCAAACAUUAGAAGUGUAUACUCAUGAACUAAAACUUGUGUAUUUUCAGACAGUUACAAUGCUUAACUAUCAAAUGUUAAAAAAGAGAAAAAAAAAUUAAUCUGGAGUACAAGGUGAAAAAAAAAAAAAAUCUUAAAAACUGAGGACAGAGGGUCCCUGAGGAAGGACAGGAUGGUGAGAAAGAUCCAGCUGACCUCAUUCCCCCUGCUGCCAUGAUCAUCAUUUGCAAGCUGAAGAGGACCUUCCAUGGAGCACAGUGCUUGCAUG